AUGUCUUCUCAUAAGACUUUCAGGAUCAAGAGAUUCCUGGCCAAGAAACAAAUGCAGAAUCAGCCCAUUCCACAAUGGAUUCAAAUGAAGACUGGUAAGAAAAUCAGGUACAACUCCAAGAGGAGACACCGGAGAAGAACCAAAAUGCAGGUGUUUAUCUCCUGCCUGUAA